CUCCCAGUUCAUCGGAGUCGCGAGUCAGAAUGUCGAAGGGUGAGCGGAUAGAGAGCAGCAGCCAGGAGUCUUUAACCCUAAACGUUCGCCGUUUUUUCUUCGCGACAGACUUCGGGAAACAGACAGACUUUCCAGAAACAUGGAAAGGACAAGGUGGGGGUGCUCGGCCCUCCCAAAUGGUUGGAAAAGGGAAGAAGUGACCAGAAAGUCGGGCUUGUCCGCGGGGAAAAGUGAUGUCUAUUACUUUAGUCCAACAGGGAAGAAGUUUCGUAGUAAACCCCAGCUGGCCCGCUAUCUGGGAAACUCCUUGGAUCUAAGCUCUUUUGAUUUCCGCACAGGGAAGAUGCUGAUGAGCAAACUGAAUAAGAACAGACAGCGGAUACGAAACGAUAACGGUCAAAGCAAGGGUAAACCUGAUCUGAACACGUCCCUGCCAGUCCGACAGACAGCAUCCAUCUUUAAACAGCCUGUCACCAAAGUCACAAAUCACCCCAGCAGUAAAGUCAAGACAGACCCUCAGAAAGCAGUGGAACAGCCCAGACAGCUCUUCUGGGAGAAGAAGCUGAGUGGACUCCACGCGUCAGAUAUAGCAGAGGAGCUGAUGAAAACUAUGGAUCUUCCCAAAGGUUUGCAAAGUGUUGGUCCCGGUUACACAGAAAAGACACUGAUCGCCGCUCUAGCAAGUGCUCUUCACACCAGUUCUUCUCCCAUCACGGGUCAGCUGUCUGCGGCGGUUGAGAAGAAUCCUGGAGUCUGGCUGAACACAACACAACCUCUGUGCAAAUCUUUCCUGGUUACUGAUGAAGACAUCAGGAAACAGGAAGAUCUGGUUUAUAAUGUGAGGAAAAGGCUGGAGGAAGCUCUCAUGGCUGACAUGUUAGCACACAUUGAAGAAGCCUCCAUUGAUACCACGUCUCCGCAGGAGGAAUCCAACGAUGAGGAGGAGGAGGAGGAGUCGGGAUAGCAGGUGAUCAGUGAAUACAACAAUAUUUCUCCUUCACACACCCAAAGAUGCACUCUGAAGCCUAUGCAGAACAUCCAGCUCAUAACUUAACACGUUCUUCUCUAGUUCACAUUUUACUCUGAACAUUUCAACAGUGCAUUGUAAAAAACUAAACUCUUUUUUUCCUAAACUGUUUAAUGUGGCUUCUCAAUUUACUUUUUUAAAUCAGUUUGGCUGAGGAUAUAUGUAUGGAUAUUAUGUUUCUGAAUGAACCACUGUUUGUCCAUGAAACUGAGAAUUGUGUUUAACGGAAUAAUUUACAAUAUUUGAGAGAAGCUUGAAUAUUUUAAAAUGAAACGUUUUCUAUUCAUCCUAAAUUGAAUCCUUUUUUUUGUAAAAUCAUGGAAAUCUGUACCAUAAUUUUAACAACAGUCGAUUUCACACAAAAGAAGUGCUAUGUUUGAAUGACUGUUAUCCUUGAGAUAUUAUACUCGUAGCACAUGUUGUUUUGUAAUAGCUGGUACAAAUAUGGUGCUCAACUUUUUGUAUUGGUCCUUUAUAUUUUAGAAUACUGUGCGUAGAUAUAAGCUUUUACAGUGGUGCUUUUACAUUUUUUCAAAGCCAUGUAGUCUUGAAUCUGUGUCCGUAUCACUGACAGUUUUCUGAUGUUACAUUUGUGAUGUCGUAACAUUAGAUCAAUGAGUUCUGAUGGGACUGAAUAUUUGUGAAGGUUACAGUAUGGAGAUGUGCCGGAUCCAUUCAUUUGAUUUCUGCCGUGUGAUGAUGUUAACACACGUUGACUCGGUUAUUUGCCUUGUUGAUGACAAUGGCUGGUAUUUUUCACUCCCUUUAUUUUAUUCUCACAAUCAUGAUGGAAAUUAAAAGGUUAUGUA